UCGGCUUCUUUGCUUCGUCGCUUCUUCGGCUCUUCGUUGCCGUUCGACUUCGCUCCUUCCACGACUUUCCCUUCCUGUCGUAUCGGAAGUUACGACAUUUUGAUCCGAAGCAACGACGGGAGCUCGCCGGCUGUGAAGCUAACUUUCUCCCUCUCGCGAUCUUCUUCGGCCAAAUCCCGUAAAUCUACCAUACUAGAGGAUUUAGUAAAUCCGGGAUUUACAGAAAAAAGAGGGAAGCGGAGGAUUUAUUCCGCCGCGAGAUUUACGGGGCGCUCAAAUCCCGUUUGGCAGGAUUUAGCAUAAAUCCUGCUCAAAUCCUGCAUAAAUCAUGUUGGUGAAAAGCUUUUGAGCUUAAUAAAUUGCAGAGUGAGAGCAGUAGGGAAGGGAGGCAAAAAUGAACCCAAAGUCCACAAGUCCUCUUGAGUUAGGUGGCUCCUUGCCCGUGCCCAACGUCCAGAAGCUUGCUCGAUCCGGUGAAAUCCCGGAGAGAUAUUUGAGGCCCGAAGAAGAUCAUGCUGGUCAUGUGAUCACUGUUGAUGACCUUGAGCUUCCGCUAGUAAACCAUGGAAUUCCAGAAGAACUGAUAGAGAAAACAAAGGAUGAUAUAAUGAAGUUCUUCAAGCUCCCAAUCAAAGAAAAAGAGGUGGUUAAACAGAGACCGGUACACAUCGAAGAUUAGGAACAAAAUAUAGAUAUAUAAUCAUGAAAGCAUAGUUAAAUAAUAGAAGUGUUUGACAAAUAAGUUGUUUAAAUGGUAAAUGGUUCCUUGUAAAACCAAAUUCAGGAGCUUUAAUCAUCAAUAUUGGGCAAUAUUGGUGAUAUGAUAGAGGUAAUUAUUGAAAUGAUUCAUUUCCUUAAAUUAGCUUGAUUAUAAUUCUUCUAUUAUAAAAAAUAUUAUAGCUUUUCUAGAACACUAAAUGCACCUCU